UUUUUCGGUUGUUGUUGUUGUUCCUUUCUUGCCUUCUGUGUCUCUUCCAGAACUCUUCCAAAGCUCCAGCUCUUGCUUCGUUGGCUUUUAUAAAUCCUUUCCUCUAAUUGUCUUUCCAUCUGAUUUUUUAUUUUUAUUUUUAUUUUUUUUCAAUUUUUUUGGCAAAUAAUAUCUCACGAUAUGGAUUCUUCUCCUAUAUCCAUGGAUGCUUGCAUCAUUCCUUCUGCAAUAGCAAGGUAGCUGACAUUUCUAGGGUUUUGUUUUUUGUUUUAUUGAAUCUGUCUUUCUCUCCGGAACGACAAAAAUGCCUGCGCCGGGAUUCUCAUCUUCGCGAUCCGAGAAGAUGAGCGACGAUGCCUCUGAAACGCCGACCAAGCAGCAGAGAAGGGAUCCGUAUGAGGUCCUGGGCGUGUCCAAAUACGCUUCCGAUCAGGAAAUCAAGACCGCUUACCGCAAAAUGGCUCUCAAGUACCAUCCUGACAAGAAUGCAAAUGAUCCUAAAGCAGCUGACACAUUUAAGGAGGUUACAUUUUCCUACAAUAUUCUCUCAGAUCCAGAUAAACGACGUCAAUAUGACACAGCUGGUUUUGAGGCUAUUGAAUCAGAAAGCCAAGAAUUAGAGCUAGAUCUUUCAAGUCUAGGAGCUGUGAACACCAUGUUUGCUGCUCUUUUUAGCAAACUUGGCGUGCCAAUUAAGACAACUGUGUCUGCAACUAUCUUGGAGGAAGCUCUGAAUGGGACAGUAACUGUCCGUCCUCUUCAGUUGGGUCAACCUUGUUUCAAAAAGGUGGAGAAACAAUGUGCCCACUUCUAUUCUGUGACAAUAACAGAAGAGGAAGCACAUGCAGGGCUUGUGUGUCGAGUACUAUCGCCUGACAAGAGCAAAUUCAAGUUGUUGUACUUUGAGCAGGAAGAGAGUGGUGGACUAAGCCUUGCCCUUCAGGAGGACAGUGCCAAAACAGGAAAAGUUACGUCUGCUGGGAUGUAUUUUCUCUGUUUCCCUGUCUACCGAUUGGAUCACACACUCAAUUCGAUGGCGGCUGCAAAGGAUCCAGAUGCUGCCUUUUUCAAGAAACUGGAUGGAUUUCAGCAGUGUGAAAUAACUGAGCUAAAAGCAGGCACCCAUGUAUUUGCUGUUUAUGGUGACAAUUUUUUCAAAAGUGCAAACUACAUAAUAGAAGCUCUAUGUGCUGCACCCUUCCCAGAAGAAAAGGAAAAGCUUCGGGCUGUGGAAGCACAGAUUCUAACCAAAAGGGCGGAACUCUCCACGUUUGAAACGGAGUACAGGGAGGUCUUGGCGCAGUUCACGGAGAUGACCAGUAGAUAUGCACAAGAAGUGCAGGCUAUUGAUGAGCUUCUUAAGCAAAGGGACAUGAUUCAUGCCUCAUACUCGAUGGUUCCACCUCUGAAACGAAGUUCUAGCAAUAGCAAGAUCAGAGCAUCCAAGGAGUCCAGAGGGGACGAAGAUCGCCAAGGUAGAGAGAAGGAGAAGAAGCCAGCGAUGAGGGAUCGGCCAAAGAAGAAGAAAUGGUACAACAUUCAUUUGAAGGUGGACAAGAAGAAGCCCUGCUGAAUAUGGUUUGCGUUUGUUUUUGUAGGGUCUAAUUUCCUUUGAAAGAUCACGGGGAAUUCUGAAAUGGCAGCCUGCCUAUGGUUGAUGAUUGCAUCUUUUGUAUCUGUACCUGUUUGUAUGUAUGUUGCAGGGGUUGUAAAUGCACAAGCGAAGCAUGUGAAGUCCAUAGUUACAACUCUUGGUUGGCAUUUGGUUCUCUCCUUGGGCCCACAGCUCUAUGAACAAAUGGUUCAACCAGAGAAUGAGGGAGGGAUGAUGGUUCCGGUAAAAAAUUUCGUUGCUAGUGAGCGUGUAAAGGACAACAGCUGACUACUACAAUUAAAUUCUUUCCUGUUGUUAUUUCUUUCCAAUUGCCCUGUUGUGUUUUUCCCUCCUCUUUGUAGUGUCUUAAUUUAAUCUGUCAAGCUCAAUCAACUUUCCUUUUUCACUGUUCUUGUCA